AUGGGCGUUUCCAAGCACGGCGGCGUCAAGAAGACGGGCGAGAAGUUCAGGAUGUCGGCCGGUCUGCAGACCGCGUCGGUCAUGAACUGCGCCGACAACACCGGCGCCAAGAACCUGUACAUGAUGGCAGCGGUGGGUUGGGGUGCGCGCCUGAACCGGCUGCCAAAGGCCUCUCCGGGCGACAUGUUCCUGGCCACGGUGAAGAAGGGCAAGCCCGACCUGCGCAAGAAGGUGCACCCGGCAGUGGUCGUCCGGCAGCGCAAGCCGUGGAGGCGCGUGGACGGCACGGUGAUCUACUUCGAGGACAACGCGGGGGUGAUCGUGAACCCGAAGGGCGAGAUGAAGGGGUCGGCCAUCACCGGCCCCGUCGCCAAGGAGUGCGCCGACAUCUGGCCGCGGAUCGCCUCGGCGGCCAACACCAUCCACUAG